ACCUGAGGAGCUGACAACAACAAGACGAACAUCCUGGAUACAAGUUCAACACUCUUUCGAUCUGUUCGUUUGAUUCAAUCCAUUUGUUUGUUGAUUCAGCUAUUCAAUCUUGUUCCGCCAUGACUGCUGCGGCAGUCUCUCCGUCCAGCUCCCCCCGUCUCCCCAGUCCCCCUCCCCUCACAGAGGUCCAGAUCGGUCCCCCGUCACCCUCGGUCGGGGAGUCGUUCGGCCUGGACGCAGAGCAAUUGUUGGGCGCUGGACACGGUGAAGACGAUGGUGCGACGCGCCGGAUCCGACCGGGCACAAAGGCAGCCGAGAUGGCGUUUGGUCCGCCCUUGAUUCCUCUCUCUCAGCUCGACUCCCCCUUUCAGCUGCAGGAACACCUGAAAGCGCUGUACCAGAGCGUCACGAAACCCGAGGGCUCGAGUACCGUGGUGCCCAUCUCGCGAGAUCUCGCCAUCCGGCUCGCCGAACCCCCCGAGGGCGUCGACCGGUCGCUGUGGCUGUACGAGCUGUGUCGUUUCCUGACCAUGAAGGUCAACAACCUGAUCAUCGCCUUUUUCGCCGAGGACCCUCCGUGUUCCGCGCAGACGUGCCCGGAGAUGCGCGCGUCCGAGUGGCAGUACCUCUGUGCGGUGCAUGACCCCCCGAAGUCGUGCUGUGCGAUCGACUACUGCUGCCACACGCUGGACUGGGCGACGAAUAUCCUGACCUCCCCGAAAUAUUUCCCUAGCCGGCUGACGCUGGGCUCUGACGCCGCGGGCGGACCGCAGGCCAGCAUGCGCCACCUGACCAACAUCUUCCGCCGGCUGUACCGGAUCUUCGCGCACGCGUGGUUCCAGCAUCGCAAUGUUUUCUGGGAGGUCGAGGGCUCCGAUGGGCUAUACAUGUUUUUCAAGACCGUCUGCGACAUGUACAGCUUGAUUCCCGAGGACAGCUAUACCGUGCCCGCCGAGGCCGAGGGCCCCGACGCACACAGACAGCCCGCCGCGCCGAGCGAGUCGCCGAAUAAUAAUAAUAAUAAUACACGGCAGUUGCCGAUUCUGCGAAAGCCCGACGACGGCGCAACCCGCGGCUCCCCGGAGGAUCUGGAGGGUCUGUCCUCGCUCGGCACUGCUGCCACGACGCGCCGACACAAGAGCACCCCGUCGAUGGGGUCGAGAGUUACGACUAUUACUGAGAUAGUCGAAGACACAGAAGAUGCGUCUGGGUCGGUGGUGAGUGUAGUCGAGACACCUGUUGAUGACCAGCCUGGAGAAGACACUCCCUCUGAAGCACCUGUGACCGAGGAGGAACCGGAGACCGUUGCAUCUGAAUACACGGUGGUUGAUACGAGUGAGGGCCAGGCAGAAUGCAAUGAAAUCAAAGUGGUGGAAACAGAGACGACGGACACCGAAUCAAAACCAGAGGCCGAACCUGUACAAGAAUCCGAGGCGGAGAUUACCGCUGAAAGUUCAUCAGUGUCUGAGACUGAGGCUGUUGUUCCUGAGUCUGCACCCUCUACGAUCGAGGAUCCUACGCCUGAACCUGAGGUAGACUCUAAGCCUGAGGCGGAAGCUGAGGCAGAGGCUGAGGCGGAAGCGGAGGCAGAAGCAGAGGAGCCGGAAGCUCAACCUGAAGCUGUCGCCGAGCCAGAGGCAACAUCCGAAUCGCCGACAGAGUAACUCUAUUCACUGUACCAUAUACUUUAGAUACCCUAUUGAACACUGUGUAAAAUAGCCCUUUGUUUUGUAGAGACGGUCA